AUGGCGGACAGUAAAUUCUGUGCUGGUUGUCAGCGCAGUGAUGAAUACAUUACAGCUGUAUCUUGGUGCAAUGACUGCUGUGAACUUGUAUGUAAGGCGUGUUCCAGAGUUCACAAUAGAAUGUCCCCGCCUCACAAGGUAAUACCAAUGCAAGAGAUACAACUCUGUUCGUCAAUUCUAACAUUGUCCAAGAACUGUGACAAUCAUCCAGAUCAAAAUAUUGCACUGUACUGCUGUCAACAUGACAAGGUCGUCUGCGUGUCAUGUGUUCCGAUAUCACAUCAGAACUGCAAGUCUAUCAUUUCAAUCGAAAAAGCUGCUAAAGGCGUUAAGGAUGGUACCGCUAUUUCUGAUCUAGAGAGAAGAAUUUUAAACCUAUGUCAAAUUACAGAGAAAAAACAGAGCCAAAGUGAGAAAACACUUGUAGAUUUGGAAAAAAGUCGUACCAAAAUAAAAACAAGGGUGUCUGAAAUUAAACGGAAAGUCAUUGCUCAUUUAGAUACGAUAGAAGAAGAGAUACAUAAAGAUAUUGAUUCUAAGUAUAAACAUUGUACUGAGAGUGUGUUCCGAAACAGAAAUAGCAUACAAUCCAGCUCAGACUCGCUGUCUACAUGGAAAAGUGAUCUGAAUUUACUGAAGCGAGACUCAACAGAAGUUCAUUUGUUCCAGGUUGUAAAAUUUUUAGAUGCAAAAAUUUACGAGAAGGAAUUAGAAAUCAGAGGAAUGCAAACAGCUUCUAUUCCGAUCCUUAAAUAUCAUCUCUCAGAAUCUGAGUCGAACAUUACGAAAUUAAUACCAGACUUAGGUAGAAUAACGGUAGAACAUGUCCAAGUCAAAAUGCCUGUACUAGAUAUCGAUCAACAAUGUCAAUUUCUAGUGAAAGACGAAAGAAAAUUAUCAAUGUCACAUUCAUUCCCGACCACGAAAUUAGGUAAUGGAGUACGUAUCAAUAGUGGAUGCUUUAUUUCUGAUAAUAAGUUACUCCUCAAGCAAUACAUGGGCAAACAACUUUUUGUUUGUAAACUUGAUGGAUCAAAUUUAACCUUGAUUGAGUUGAACCCCAACGUGAUUGAUUUAGAUUAUAAACUACAAAAUGUUACGUUAUUUGACAAACACCUUGCUGUAGUAUCUGUUGGUGGUGCAGGUAUCCAGAUCAUCGACCUGACAUCAUUGACGCCUGGUAGAGGAAUCAAAGAUGAUGGAUUCUGUAGAGGAAUAACCAGUGUAAAGGACAAGAUCUGGGUAAACAAUAAACCUCAAACUCUAACACUAGUGAAUAUUAAUGGUAAAGUUCUUAAAGUAAUACACACAACAUUUGCACCUUGGGAUAUCUGUGCCAAUCAGGAUGGUGAUGUGUAUUGUACUGACGCAGAUAGUAAUAAAGUAUUCUUAGUUUCUUCGGAUGGAAAAGAACGUGAGAUAUACAACAGUCCUGACCUGAAAGGUGCUAAUGGUGUAGCCGUAGAUGAACGUGGGGAUUUGUAUGUAGCAGGGUAUUUAUCAGACAACAUACAUAGAAUAUCUAAUGGUGGACAGAAACAUGAUAUUGUAUUGACAGCAGACGACGGCAUCAAUAAACAGACCGGUAUAUCUUACAACAAUGAAACAAAAGAACUGUUAGUCACAAACGACUAUACUAGAUCUAUCAAUAUAUAUAAAACCCAAUGA